AUGCCCAUCCUCAAGCAACUCGUCUCCAACUCUGCCCACUCCAAGCGGCGCUCCCGGGCCGACCUGACGGCCGAGAUGAUCAGCGCGCCCCUGGGGGACUUCCGCCACACCAUGCACGUGGGGCGGGCGGGGGACGCCUUUGGGGACACCUCUUUCCUCACCAGCAAAGCCGGGGAGCCGGGGCCGGAGGUGUGCGAGGAGCCAGGCGCUUCCAAGCCCAGCCUGCUGUCCCGCCGCUUCCGCAGCAGCAAGCGCUCGCAGUCGGUGACCCGCGGGGACCGCCGGGACAUGCUGGGCUCGUUGCGGGACUCGGCGCUCUUCGUGAAGAACGCGGUCUCCCUGCCCCAGCUCAACGAGAAGGAGGUGGACAGGAGCGCGGGGCAGCUGCCCAAGAGCCUCUCCUCCAGCCCCGUCAAGAAGCUCCCCGAGGAGAUGAGCCCCGAAGACCAGCAGCGCGCGAACGGUGCGGCCGCCGGGCCCCUGAGCCCCGGCUUGGAUGAGCGAGACUUCGGGGACAUCACGGACCUGCCAGUUGUGGUGGCCAAGAGCGGGGCAGGCAUGAAGCAUGCCGAGUCCAUCAUGUCCUUCCACAUCGACCUGGGGCCCUCCAUGCUUGGGGAUGUCCUGAGCAUCAUGGAUAAGGAGCAGUGGGAGCAGGAUGAAGACCCUGAGGGAGAGGACAGCCACGAUGAGGAGGCGGACGCCACCUUGCCUGGCUCCCCAGUGCCGGCAGCUGUGCCAAGCCAGAGCCCCUCUCGCGGCACCGGCGGCUGCUGCCCCAGGGACAGCACUUCGGUGUCCAGCUGCACCUCGGGGCCAGAGGAGCGCAGCCCCAUCCCCAGGCCACCAAGCCAGCAAGGAGGUCCCAUGAAACGCCCCGACAAGGAGUUCUCGUUUGCCGAUGAAGACGAUGAUGAGAUCAGAGUAUAA